AUGGUGUUAGAAAGAGAUGAUGAAACUAAGGAAAACGAUGAACAAGCGAGUGGGCUUAGAUCAAAGAAGAUCGUUCUUGCCCAAGAACGAUUUUUAGCCUUGUUCUUCGUUACACGUGGCACCUUUAUUUUUCUCCUAGGGUUGUCGUCGUUUCUCUUUCGCGCGAAACCUAGCGUUCUCCGCUUAAGUCCGUUCCCAUCUCCGUCGCCGGCGAUCAUCGCCGUCGUUUCUGUUCCUCCUCACUCUUCUAUUCUCUGCGUUCAUUCUAUCCUUCAAAUUGCUUCGUCCAUUUCGAGUGAUUUUGGUUUCAUCAUACAAGCCAUGGAUAAGUCAAGUGCUUUAGAGUAUAUCAACCAGAUGUUCCCAACAGGGUACAGCAACAGAGGCAGGUUUAACCAAUUAUCUUGAUCCAGGGAUUGCCUUAAAUCUCUG